ACAAAAUGGCGGCCACUAAGAUGGCUGGAAAAGUCCCUGGUACAGGGGGUAUAGUUAGAGUGGGUUACUAUGAAAUGGAACGAACAAUUGGAAAAGGAAAUUUUGCUGUUGUCAAAUUGGCAACUCACAUUGCCACAAAAACCAAGGUGGCGAUCAAGAUCAUUGACAAGACACAACUUGAUGAGGACAACCUCAACAAAAUCUACAGAGAAAUUGAAAUAAUGAAACUUCUAAAACAUCCAAACAUUAUACGGCUUUACCAGGUGAUGCAGACGGAACGGAUGUUAUACCUUGUAACAGAAUACGCUAGUGGAGGGGAAAUAUUUGAUCACCUAGUCGCACAUGGUCGAAUGAAUGAAAAGGAGGCGAGACGAAAAUUUAAACAAAUUGUGGCUGCAGUAUCGUACUGCCAUAGUCGCUGUGUCGUACACCGAGACUUGAAAGCCGAAAAUCUCCUUCUCGACGCCAACCUUAACAUCAAAAUAGCAGAUUUUGGGUUCAGUAAUUACUUCAAGCCAGGGUCUUGUUUGAAAACCUGGUGUGGGAGUCCACCUUAUGCGGCACCAGAACUAUUCGAAGGGAAGGAAUAUGAUGCCCCAAAAGUUGAUAUAUGGAGUCUGGGUGUGGUGCUUUACGUGUUAGUUUGUGGUGCUUUACCUUUCGAUGGAAACACACUACAGAGUCUGCGAGGACGGGUGCUAAGAGGGAAAUUUGGAGUCCCGUUUUACAUGACUACAGAAUGCGAAAAUCUGAUAAAGCAGAUGUUGACGGUGGACGCUAGUAAACGAAUAACGAUGAAAAAGAUUAUACAGCAUCGGUGGAUGAAGAGUGGAGAAGAAGAUCCUGCUUUCGAGGAACAAAUUAACGAGUACAAUCGACCGACGGAUGUGGACCCAGACUUGGAGAACCUCAAUGAACAGAUAAUAUCCCAUAUGGAAUACUUAGAGAUUGAUAUUGAUCGAGCUGUUAGGUCUGUUCGUGAACAAUGCUACGACUUCCAUAGUGCCAUUUACCACCUGCUGUUGGAUAAAUUAAAGAAACACCCGAAGACAAUGAUGAGUAAACUGCCGACCCUGGGUCCUCCCAAUCUGCCGCUUGCCGUACGGACGGAACGUAGAUCUAGUAUAACUACUGGUGUUGUGGAAAGAGUAGAAAUACCAGUAGAGGUUGCCAAGGAAACGGAGCCCAAGCUACCUGCUGCCACGGCAACCAUUGGUGCUAUUCCACAAGUACAGUUUUUUAAUGAAAAUAACCAAUUAACAGAGCCUGAUGAGGGCAGUCAACAUUCAGACUCGGACAGUGAGGAACCGUGUCCAGAAGCACUCGCCCGUUACCUAGCGAUGCGACGGCAUACCGUAGGUGUCGGAGACAGUCGUCACGAGGUGCCAGAAGAUGUACGCGUCAAACUUGCCAACAAUCAGCCAAUCAUUGCCCUCCCACAGCCAAACUAUCUCCUGCCUCUGUUGUCCCACACAGUGCCUCAGAUGCAGAGUGAGGUCCCUGCUUAUCCAACCAGUGAACAGCAUUUUCUUCAGCCACCCAUAAUGUGGGGCCCAGAUGUUGGUGGUUGUUUCGGUAACAUAAGCAGGCGAGCGUCUGAUGGUGGGGCCAACAUCCAGCUGUUUGCACGACAAAUGUAUGGAGGGAGUCUACCGGGCAGUCCAGGAAGUCAGGAGUGUCUAGCAGGGUCGCCCUUGUCACCAGUAGGAAUGCCCUUGACACCCAUUCAGGGGUCAGUAACAGUGGAGGAGAAUGAGGAUGGGGGAUCAGAUCAGGAGCCAGAUACGGAAGCAGUACAGAGAUAUCUGGCCGCCAGAGGGCGCAACAAGCGACACACAUUGGCAAUGUCCAACCCCAUGCAUGAGAUUCCUGAAGAGCUGCAACGUAAAUUAUCUCUACAGCCAAUCAGAUCUGGCCGUAGGAAUCACUUCCCCGGAGGUGGAUCACUAACACCGAACUCCUUCCGUGACGUGAACUCCUUACACCUACCUAACGAGAGAUUCUCACCUGUCCGUCGUGCCAGUGAUGGCCUUCCCAACCUACACAAACAUCAAUCUCACCUGGAAAAGUUGUACAAUCAGACCCUGAGCACUCGCCACAGUCACUCCAGUCUGAAACAGCUGCAUCAAGAAUGUCAGGAAUUACAGAAGCAAGUUUGCAAUAGAGAUCAUGGCAACGAGGCAGAACUACAACAGCAACACGCCCUACACCGGUUACAUCACACAUUACAGCCCACAACAACUAUCCAGCAUUCGCCAGUUCCAUCACCCCCACUGGCACCAGCCUCGCCAAGUUUCGCCCGACAUACUCCAACAACCACUGAUUCUCAGAGUGCGACCCUGUAUCAACAUCUUCAACGUCUCCAUCUUCAUCAACAGAUUCAGAAUUCACAGCAGCCCUAUCAACAUAUGUCACCACCCACCUGCCUCCCAAUGCAACGCACCGAUUCACCUCCGCAGAAUUUCUCGCAGCUUUAUCAAAAUUUUAGUCAGCCACAUCAGCGCAACAGUCCACCACCCAACGUCACUAACUUUCAGAACCUUCAAAUGAUCAAGGAGGACUCGCAAGACCUCCCAGACCAGAGCCCCAGUGAGGAUGGUGAGGUUAGCAUGCAGGUUGGGGAGAGUGACCUUGCCUCUCAGGAGAGGAAGCACAGACAGUUCUCGGGAAAGCCACAGAUCAGUAUCACAGACACAACUGGUCAUGUCACUGAUGUGACUUCAGAGGGCGAGAAUGAGAUGUCUCCUUCGACGACAAAACCCGAUACUGUCACAGGUUCAUCACUAACAUAUCGCACCUUCCAGGAUUCCUCAAGUUCGCCAUGUUCUCAUCAGCCCUCUCCAACAAGGUCCCAUCCCCCUCUUACUCAUUCUCAUUCCUCGCCGGCCUCGCCAAAUCAUCACUCACAUCCCCCCACAAACUUAAUUUCUCACCCUGUCAAUUACAAUUCGCUCAUCUUCGGCAAUUACAUCACUAACCUGGCUGCCAUUCCUCCCCACGUCACGGACUUAAGUAACCUUGGUAACCUCAAGGGCCACUCCAUGCCUGACCCCAGCCACGCCAACAUUCCCUACACAUGUGGAUGGAUCAGUCCUCAGCUCUCCUCUCCAAAUAGGUCACAACGGCCUAGUUCUGGGCGGAUGGGUGUAAGUAGACAACCCUCAGGGGCAGGGGUAGUCGUUCCGGAUUCGUUAAAUUUCCAGAAUGUAAGUGUAGUAAACUCAAAUGUCAGUGUUCCUAAUGAAACCCAAAGCAACAGAGUUCUUUAUAACGGUGAUCGAAAUCUCAUCCAAGACGUUGACAUGUCGUCUACAAAACAAGACGAACAAAAUAUAUCCAAUAGUGUAGGACAUGUUGACUUGUCGAAUUCCCCGAUACUUAACAAGAUUCAAGGAUCCAACAUUAAUCUCACGUCCACACGGACGGUCGGAGACAUAUUACAGGAACUCAAGAGAUUUCUGGGAGAUCGAGGAAAGGAAGUGGUGUACCAGUGUUCAGAUCAUUUGUUCCGACUGGAGAACUCUGAUGUCCAGAUGGAGCUGGAGGUGUGCCAGGGCAUUAGUUACAAUGGUCUACAAGUCCGGAGGAUUUCUGGUGACAAGGGACACUAUCGGGCACUCUGCCAGGAGCUUCUGUCCGGUAUUAAUAUAUGAUAGCUACCCGAGUGUC